GCCGGUGCUAAGUUGAUGCAGCGUUUCGACGGUUGUUUUUCCGACAGCGGGAGAGACGAAGUGGUGUUCAGCCUUUACUUCAGCACUUUAAACUGCCGGCUUGGCCUGUUCACCUGUCAGGUUAUUCAGCGAUAUAGAGGAGGACUUCAUUUGUUUACACUUGUCUUUUAAUAAUGCCUAGGGGCGGGAAAAGGGGCCACAAGGGCAGGGGGAAGCAAUUUAGCAACCCAGAGGAGAUUGACAGACAGAUGAAAGCGCAGAAAGAGUUGGAAGAAAAUCCCGGUGCAGAGAAGGAGGAAUCUGCAGAUUCUGACGACGAGAGCAGCAGUGAAGAUGAUGCCGAUAGGAAGAGGAGUGGAGUGGAGGGGCUUAUCGAGAUUGAGAAUCCCAACCGUGUGUCUCAGAAGAGCAAGAAGGUGACUGAAGUAGACGUCACUGCUCCCAGAGAGCUGUCUCGCAGGGAACGAGAGGAGAUAGAGAAGCAGAAAUCAAAGGAACGGUACAUGAAGCUCCAUCUUGAAGGGAAGACUGAACAGGCAAGGGCCGACCUGGCCAGACUGGCCAUCAUCAAGAAACAGAGGGAGGAUGCUGCAAAGAAGAGAGACGAACUCAAGAAAGAUGCUGACGAAGCCAAAGCAAAGCGCUAACCCUCCACCUGAAAGCUUCAACAUGCACUUCAGUCUCGGAGGGAUGGAAAGAGAAGGAGAUCUGGAGGAGGACAACGGGGAGGGGGACAAAUAUGAGUGGCAUCAGAUCAGGGGUGAUCCUGAACUCCUGUCCCUCAUUUCAAAUCAGAGGGGCAUGGGUCUUCCAUAACAGCGUGGUCAGGACGGGGGAAACGGUUGAAUCACAGGGAGCUGAAGAGGAAUGCAACAUUUGGGAUGCCUCUAGUUUUCUUCCUCAAGAGGAGACAAUCACAGGUUUUCCAAGUGCUUCACUGCCUCUUUACUCUUCACCACCCACCAGGGUUUUUAAUUCUGAAGCUGCUGAAGUUAUUUCCAUUUCUUUCCAUUGUUUCAAAGAUUUGUACACAGUUACUUAAUGACUGGACAGCUUUUACAGUGAGCGUGCAUGGGGAUAUCUUUGGUGCUUUGCUUUUCCUUCCAUCUCGCCUGUUUUUGUAAGAAGGCAAAUCAGUGACAGAUGGAGAAAAAGAACACUAUUCAGAGGAUAAACUGAUAUAUAUAUAUAUAUAUAUAUAUAUAUAUAAUUAUCCAAUGUAGUUUAGUUUUUGUGGAUAUGUUGCACAAGACAUUGGUAUAAUUUUCUAAAGAUUUGAAGAUUUUUUUUUUUUCCCCCAGCAUCCAAACAUGAAUAUUCUUUCUUUUGCCAUUUUUUUUUUAUCCCUUAUUUUUUUUUUUUCAAUUGGAAAUUUACAGUUGGAAGAAUAAGCUGUCCUCCAUCCACUACACGUCUCAAACAUAUUUAGUUUUUUUGCAUUUUCACGGAUCUAUUCUCCGAAUUUACACUUUGCUCACUUGAAUCAUCUUAUUGCUGUCGGUUCAAAUGUGUUUCAGAAUGUGUUUUGUUAAUCCUUUGCUCAAAGCACUUGGAAUAUUACUUGAAUUGCCUUUAAUAAGCAUUUUUAAGUUGUUGAACAUCAGUGUUGGAAAGCGUUGUCCCAAACCGCCUCAAUAACGUGGCCUGCCCUCUUUCUGAUUGGGUCCUCUGUGGUUCUAUAGGAGGGAUUGUGUCUUUUGUUGCCUUUACAAAGUUUACACAAGACCAGUUCACUGUCUUUCUCCUGUGAUUAAAGUCCUACAAAUAACCUACACUGAGUUAGUUUAUUAGCUACACUUAGAAUCUAAUAAAAUCCUUUAAAUCAUCACCACUGUUAAGUUUCCAAAAUGACCACAGAUGGCGAAAUUAAAACAUAAAUGAAUAAACUUCACAAAGAGGUUUUACUGCAGGGCAUUUGUAAUGUUUAGACUGCACUGGUGUAAAUGAUAAACUGGUAAUUUAGUGUGUGGAGUAUUUGGAAAUGCCCUGAUCAGGAAAAUAGUGUACCCUAUAACAUGGAAACAGCUUGAAGAACAAACAGUUGAAAACCCCAAGGUGUGAGAGAUGUAGCCAUAGCGCAAAAGAAACGGAUUCCUCAAGUUUUCCAUCAUGUAUUUGAAGUCAUUUUUAAAAAUAAAUUCAUUAAUAGAUAAA